AUGUCCUGGCCGGUCCCCACGGAAAUCCAGUCUCAACUCCCUCUCCGCCCAACACAUACCGCUCAGCAAUCAUGUUCCGUCCCUGCUACCCCCUUCCAUCAACCACAUGGUCUACGAUUCUCCUCACGGUCCCGCUCCAGAUCUCCUUCUCCAACGCGUGGCAGCGGUUCACCUCGUUCUGCUCAUUCCGAAUUCAAUCAUGUCCUCCCGCUCAGACCGCAGUAUGGAGGUUGUAAAUAUGAAACUGCGAUGGCUCAUUUCAGGAGGAGGAUGCCAUACUCUUUAGGCGCUGACUUGCUCCCUGACGAAGCAGGCCCGUUGAAGGAACAGUUGGACUCCGAAGCAGAAGCAAAAUUGACAUCGGAUAUGAAAGACCUCUACAAAACCUUGUUGCCGUCAGCGGAAAGUGAAGAGCGGAGAAUAAAAUUCGUCCGAAAGCUUGAGGGCCUCCUUAACAUGCAGUGGCCUGGGAAUGACAUCAAGGUGCAUGUGUUUGGAUCGUCCGGCAACAAAUUGUGCUCGAGCGAUUCUGAUGGUGGCAUGGAGCGCAUUGUUUGUGUUUCUCAUGCAAAGGUACCAAUUGUGAAGAUAUGGGACCCAGAGCUUCAAGUUGCAUGUGAUAUGAAUGUCAACAACACCAUGGCUUUGGAGAAUACUCGAAUGAUGCGGACAUAUGUUGAUGUCGACGAUCGAGUCAGGCCGCUUGCCAUGAUCAUCAAGUACUGGACCAAACGACGGAUAUUAAAUGACGCUGCCAACGGGCAACCCAUGUCGUCUUUUGAUGACGAUCUCAAUAAGCUUGUAGGCUUUGGUGACAAAAACGACUCAACUCUAGGGGAACUUCUCUUUCAAUUCUUCCGAUUUUAUGGACACGAACUGGACUAUGAGAAAAACGUGAUAUCUGUGCGAGAAGGGAAGUUAAUAUCAAAAGAGGGCAAAGGCUGGCACCUUUUGCAAAAUAAUCGAUUGUGCGUGGAGGAGCCUUUCAAUACAUCUAGAAAUCUAGGGAAUACCGCAGAUGACACGUCUUUUCGUGGUCUCCACCUUGAACUCCGCCGAGCCUUUGAAGCUGUUGCGAAAGGCGACCUGGAAGAAUGUUGCGAACAAUACGAGUAUCCUCCUGAAGAAGAACGGACUUGGGAGCGGCCGGCACCGCAGCCACGAGCCGUACUAACCCCGAUGCCCGCUCUACCCUCGCGUGGUGGUAGAGGCGGUGGUCGGGGUGGUAGACAUACGAGCCACUAUCAUCGUGGAGGAAGCAAUAUGGGUCGUCGAGCAUCCAACACUGCUAACCGGAAUAAUAUCCGGUCUGCAAAUCCGGGUUUCACCACGGAUAUUGCCUUGCAAGCCCAACAAGCUCAAACGCUUCUACAUGACCACCUUUACCAGCGGAUUCAGAUUCUCCAGGCGCAGGAACAAGAGUUGCGAAUUCAGCUACAGAAUCAAGCGCUGAUGACUGGCCGAGCACCUCCAACUCUUAUAAGGCAGCCGUAUCUACACUUUCCCUUACCACAGGCCGAGAACAUGUCGCCCGAGGAGAACCCAAGAGUCCGGGCUGGCUCGGUGAACCAGCCUCCUCUCACGGCACCUAUUCGACAAAAUGUAUUCUUUAACCCUUCUUAUAUCCCGGUGGUUUUGCCAAGUGUUCAAGGCACGAACACAAACCCUCCGUCUCCCUCUUUGAUGUCUGCUGUGCCAGAUGCAAGACGCAGUCACCGCAGAUCCUCAGUUGCAAACAACUCACCACGAGGACUACGGGCUCAAUCGCAACCUGCCCGUCCUCUACCAUCCACGGUAAUACCAACAUUUUCUACGUACACACCGGCUACUCACCAAGAUUCAUGCCCAAGGAAAUCGCCGGAAUUCCUCCAUAGAUCCACAGUCGAGGCAGAGGUAUAUUCACCGAAUGGUGUUCACAUUCCGAAAUCGAGUUUGGCGGAUGAAAACGUCCCUUCAGAGUACGUGGGAUACUAUGUUGGUGACUCUACCCAGUCUCAUGGGCCAUAUCGUGGUCAUCUAGCCUCGGCGCAUCCAGGGCUUUCCGUUCAUAAUUGUGAACUUCCUGCUUACCUCCAUAGCUCCCCUGAGUAUCGCGCUUACAUUACGACGUCGGAGCAAUCUAAUGGCUGCCUGGAACAUCUCAAUUUACCGAAACCUAGUUCUCAAUCUUCGCAGCCACAGCGAUUAACCCGGUCACAAACUUUGCCUGAUCGCGGCCCGUUAAUAAUUGAUGGCUCUGUUCCUCCUAGCGAACACCGUCAUUCCGUAACCAACCAUUCAAGCGAGCAAUUUAUGACGGAUUUUAGCACAUCAUCUUCCACGGACAAAGUGUAUGAUACGCCUCGAACGACUCCAGACACGCUUUCUCAAGGUCUUCAUGAACAAGGCUCGUAUGAUGACUUGUUUGGCAGCAGCUAUGAAACCCGGCAUGGAUCCCGCGGCACUGGUCAGAUUAACGGAUGGGAGCCAAGCCUAAACCAUAAUGAUAUUGGUGCUACCGGCCAGAUGGGGAGGGUGGAGACAUUGUCUGAGCGACUACAACGAUUCCAGCUAUCUGAUCCAAAGGUUGCUUUGGAUGCUUCGGGCUGUACUGAUGCAAACCAAUACCGCGGCACACAAUAUCUCUAUCCUAUAGAUGACCAGCUCCCUGGAUUGCAUGCGAAUGGGUCCUCGGACGAAAAUUCUCAACCACUGUUCAAUGCUGCCAAAUCACCGACAAUGGAACCACGGAUGUUAUCUCCCACAACGAAGUACUGCGUAAAUGGCUUCGAACUGGAAAAACCCAACGGAAUUGCUCACAAGUCUAGGAAUAGGAGUCGCAGUGAUCACUCCAAUUCUUUCCAAGCCAACGAGUAUAGAGAGAAACAAAGUGACCACGGCCGAAAACCCAACGGCAUACACCAUCUACAUACGGGCGCUAAUGGCUAUCACCAUUCGAAUUCAAAUGGCUGGCAAACUACAAAGCGGAAAAGUAAGAAAGGCGCAAGGGCUUUGGAACAAAAUGACUCGAACCUUCGGCUAGAGAGUGUUCCGGCAGAUCAAUUUCCGAGGAAGGGCGGCUGA